ACACACGAGCUCACACAAGAGACGCGGCCCGGCGUGGAAACCGAACGGGGGCCGCCCACUCUGCGUUUUGCAUCGGCAGAGGCGCGGUGGAGAAAAAAAAAGGCCGAGCUUGGAUGGAAAGCUCCAAGCUUUUGCGCUGUUCGCUUGCCUGAGCCCCCCGUCCCGUCCCGUCCCCUCGCCUCGGCAAGAACAAAGAGCAUGCGAGAUUAGAUCGAGACGGCGUAUCCGGUAAGCGCUGUUCCAUCUCCGGCACAAAAGGGAUGGCGAAUGGGGGUGUCUGCCUCUCGUGCUCUGCACUUGUCUGCGCGCUGGUGUUUCUCACGGUGGAUGGUGAUUUCGUGGACAUUACUUACGUAGCGAGCGCUGUGGCCAAAGGCGCAGUCUGUUUGGAUGGGAGCCCCCCGGCCUACCAUCUCGCCCGGGGUUUUGGCUCCGGCGUGAAUAGUUGGCUGGUUCAUUUCGAGGGAGGAGGAUGGUGCAGCAAUGUGACGACCUGCCUGCAACGCAAACGCACUCGGUUAGGAUCAUCGAAGCAGAUGGCAAAGCAGAUUGCCUUCUCUGGAAUACUGAGCAACACCCCUGAUUACAACCCGGAUUUCUACAAUUGGAACAAGGUCAAGGUUCGGUACUGUGAUGGGUCAUCUUUCACCGGCGAUGUGGAAAAAGUAGAUCCUGCAACAAAGCUUCACUACAGAGGUGCUAGGGUGUGGCAAGCAGUUAUGGAUGAUCUGCUUGCGAAAGGAAUGAACAGUGCCAAUAAUGCUCUAAUUUCGGGCUGUUCUGCUGGUGGUUUAACUUCCAUACUACACUGUGACAGAUUUCGUGACCUUUUCCCAGUGGAUACCAAAGUUAAAUGCCUUUCUGAUGCUGGUUUCUUCAUCAAUGAGAAGGAUAUUGCUGGAGUGGAGUACAUUGUGGCCUUUUUCAAUGGCGUAGCUACAACCCAUGGAUCAGCGAAGAAUUUACCUUCUGCUUGCACCUCCAGAUUGUCCCCAGGCAUGUGCUUUUUUCCUCAGAAUGAGGUGAAACAGAUUCAGACACCUUUGUUCAUUCUCAACGCAGCGUAUGAUUCCUGGCAGGUAAGGAACAUCUUGGUGCCAGGAUUUGCAGACCCUCAUGGUAAAUGGCAUAGCUGUAAGCAUGAUAUAGAUCAAUGUCCUGCAUCGCAACUUCAAAUCUUGCAAGGAUUCAGAGACGAUUUUCUGAAAGCACUGAAGGAACAAGGGACUCCCUCCACCAGAGGAUUGUUUAUAAACUCAUGCUUCGUGCAUUGCCAAUCUGAGACGCAGGAGACAUGGUUUGCAUCUGGUUCCCCCAUGCUUGAAACCAAAACAAUAGCGGAUGCAGUUGGAGAUUGGUUCUACGACCGCAAUCCGUUUCAGAAGAUUGAUUGCCCUUACCCUUGCGAUUCAACCUGCCACAACCGAAUCUACGACGACCCCUCAGAAGCAUAGCAAUUACAGAAACCUCACCUCGUACUACCAUUCAUCACAUUGUUAUAUUUGAUGCACCCUUAUUGCUCGCAAUAGGGCAAUCCGUGGGCAACCAUUGAUUUUCAGGAAUAACUGCAGAUGAUGGCUUAAAGCUCAUCUGAUGCCUGGAGGCUGGAUGCAGCUUCCAACAGUAGUUACAGGUGUCUCCAACAUUUGAUUCGCUUUGUCGGCAAUAUUUUGCCAUAUCUUCGAUAAUCAUCGACAAAGUCCACAUUAAUGUUACUGAAGUGACAUUGGACGAACACGAAACACGAAAAGUUUAUCUGGUGAGGGGAUGGAUAAUGCUAUUUUCUCGAAA